CAACCCCACACUUAGCGGAAACUUGUCAAAGAAUGCUCCUAAAUUCUGGUUUUCUCCUGCUGCUGCUGAUCAGUGCAUCCGCAUCCUACGAAGCUGAGCAGAAUGACUCUGUGAGCCCCAGGAAAGCGCGGGUGGCAGCGCAGAACUCAGCCGAGGUGGUUCGGUGCCUGAACAGUGCCCUCCAGGUGGGCUGCGGAGCCUUCGCCUGCCUGGAGAACUCCACGUGCGACACGGACGGGAUGUACGACAUCUGCAAAUCCUUCCUCUACAGCGCUGCUAAAUUCGACACUCAGGGAAAAGCGUUCGUGAAGGAGAGCCUGAAGUGCAUCGCCAACGGGGUGACCUCCAAGGUGUUCCUGGCCAUCCGCAGGUGCUCCACGUUCCAGAGGAUGAUCUCGGAGGUGCAGGAGGAGUGCUACAGCAAGCUGGACCUGUGCGGCAUCGCCCGCCGCAACCCCGAGGCCAUCACCGAGGUGGUGCAGCUCCCAAACCUCUUCUCCAACCGGUAUUACAACAAGCUGGUUCGGAGCCUGCUGGAGUGUGACGAGGACACGGUGAGCACCAUCAAGGAGAGCCUGAUGGAGAAGCUGGGCCCCAACAUGGCCAGCCUGUUCCACCUGCUGCAGAGGGACCACUGCGCCCAGGGCCACCCUCGCGCCGAGCUGCUGCGCAGGAGGCUCUCGGAGCCCCAGAAGCUGAAGCUGCUGCUCAGGAACCUGCGAGGUGAGGGCUCCACAACCGCCCACGCCAAGCGCGGCUCCGCCGAGCGCGCCUGACCGGGCCGGGCAGGCCGAGCACGACCAAAGCUGAGGGCUCUGCUCCAGGAGUGCUGCACCCAAAGCCAGCGGACUGUAGGUGUUGUAACCCCCAGGAGCUGGGUUUAGUUCCUUAGGGCUCGUUUAGUUAGUUCAUCUUCUCUGUUCCUCCCCAACAACACUUCUGCAUGGGUCUGUGUUCGGUGUCGUGGCUUUCCCGCCAGCCAGACGGCUCUGUCUCUUCUCUUCCCCACAAAAAAUCUGUUAUCCCAAAAAAUCUUAGUCUUUAGUAGAUCCCUACAGUGGUCAGGCCUUCAGGCGCCAAACUCCCAACGUCUGGAGGCUGAGUUUUGUCCCAAACUGUUGUGCUGACACCAGCCAGGCCUGAGGUUCGGCACUGAGGGGAGGAGCCGCUCCUCUCCUGCCAGUGACGAAAGAUGCACUAACAACUCCCACAAAUCCUAAAAACACUCGUGGGAUUCAUGUCAUGAAUCUGUGCUGGCCAUGGACGAGCAUGGAUGUCACGUUCCUGGUCCUGUAGUGUCACCCUCAGCCCUGAUCCUCCCAGCAGAGUGCUGUGAACACAUUUAAGUCAGGAUUUACCAAACUCUCUGCAUGGUUUAGUCACCAGGGCCUGGCACCACGGUGCGAAAUGAGCUCAAACCACCCCACAAAGCCCAAAAGCAGGAGAGGGACGUGUUCUACCAUGGAAAGAGGUUGUGGCUGCAGCUGGUCAGGAGGUCCCAUAAUCGCGUGUUGUAUUUCAAAGCUCACAUCUUUGUACUGUAUUUAACUGCCUGAAGCUUUAAACCAAGCCUAACAGAAACAAAGCCUGUCUUAAGAUUAGAGUAUUAAAGGCCUUGCUCUAACUGUGGUAUAAAUAGUGCUAAAAUCUGUCUGUACUGUACAUAAACUCCACCAGAGUCUGCUUCAAAGGAGCAGUACAGGUUAACUUUAAUUGCCUAAAUUGAGUUUUGUAAGUCAGCUCUUUCAUUAUUAUUAUUAUUAUUAUUAUUAUUAUUAUUAUUAUUAUUAUUGCUUUUUUUUUCCUGGAAGCAGCACCUCUGUCAUAGUCAGGAGUUCACAUUCCACUCUGUGGCCUUUUAAGAAAGGAAGAGGGGAAAGGUUUAGGAUGGGAAUCGCAGGACCAGGAACAGCCUUUCAGAGCUGAAAUUGAGGCAAAAUCCAUAAAAACCCAAGAGCAGGCUGGUCAGUCCUGCCCCCACAGGGCGGCCAGGAAAUGCACUUAGACACAGGGCAGAGCUGCUGGGAAUUCUGGAAUUCUCAGAUCCUUUGGGAAUCUCAUGGGGCAAAAUUCCCAUCAGGAUUUCUGUGGCAAGGCAGGGAAAAUCCAUAAUUCUCUCAAGCUCCAGCAGGAAAGCUGAGGACACAAUGAAUGCUCUGGGAGCUGCCUUUCCUCCUCCCUCCUCCUCCUCCUCAGCGGGCUCUGGGAAGAGGAGCAGAGCUGGAGACCCCAAAGCUGCUCCCCACAGCACAGCCAGGCCCUGGUGAGCCCAAAA